CAAGCGGCAGGCGUCUGCUAUGACAGUCGACUCAGCAGCGUCCGACGCGACGAUCAGCAGACAGCGCAAUGUCUUUGUCGUCCCAAGUUCAGUUGGACGCAACAGCUGUAGAAAAUUUUUGUGAAUACUUACGUAUACCAUCAGUUCAACCGAACGUUAAUUAUGAUGAUUGUGUCGCUUUUCUUGAGAAACAGGCAAAGUCUCUUGAUUUACCUAUCAAAAUAUACUAUGUUGACCCAAAAAAACCAAUUGUGGUUCUCACAUGGAUAGGCAUAGAUCCGUCAAAACCAGCUAUUUUAUUAAAUAGUCAUAUGGACGUUGUACCUGUUUUUGAAGAUAAAUGGACUUAUCCUCCUUUUGAUGCUCAUAUAGAUGAAAAAGGAAACAUAUAUGCACGUGGUAGUCAGGACAUGAAAUGUGUUGGAAUUCAAUAUUUGGAAGCAAUUCGCCGUAUGAAACUUACUGGACAACGUUUUAAAAGAACAAUUCAUAUUUCUUUUGUACCAGAUGAAGAAAUAGGAGGAGUUCUUGGCAUGGAAGAUUUUGUACACACAAAAGACUUUCAAGCUUUAAAUAUUGGUUUUGCAUUAGAUGAAGGUGUAGCUUCACCUGAAGAAAGUUUUUUUAUGUUUUAUGGAGAAAGAUCAAUUUGGCAUGUUGUAAUAGAAUGUUCAGGCAAUCCAGGUCACGGAUCUCUUCUACUGGAUAAUACAGCUGGAGAAAAAAUAAGAGUCAUAAUUGAUCGUUUUAUGGAUUUUAGAGCUAAGGAGAAAGCAAAAUUGGAAGAUCCAAAAAUACAGCUUGGUGAUAUUACAACUAUAAAUUUAACAUUAUUGAAGGGUGGCGUACAACCAAAUGUUAUACCUCCUUGCUUGACAGCAAUUUUUGAUUGUCGACUUGAUCCUUCUAUUGAUCAUUAUGAGUUUGAAGCUAUGAUUAAAAAAUGGUGUGAAGAAGCUGGUUCUGAUGUUACAUAUUCAUUUGAACAAAAAAAUCCUAAAGUUGAAAAUACAAAACUUGAUGAUUCUAAUCUUUUUUGGAUUGCUUUUAAAAAAGCAUGUGAUGACCUUGCAAUACAGUUACAAAUAGGAAUUUUUCCAGGUGGAACUGAUAGUCGAUAUAUAAGACAGGUUGGAAUUCCUGCUAUUGGUUUUUCACCCAUGAAUAAAACUAAAAUGCUCCUUCACGAUCAUGAUGAAUAUUUGAAUAAAGACAUUUUCUUAAAAGGUAUUGAAAUAUAUAUGAAAAUUAUAGCAGCAGUAGCAAAUGUCUAAGUCAAUAUAUUAAGUUUAAAAAAUAUUUAUAAUAUAUAAAAAUAUGAUGAAGUAAAUAAACAACCUAGUGCAAUAAUGCAUAAAGUUUAAAAAUGUUACAUAAAUUUUAAAAUUUAUAAUUGUUAUAAAAAUAUAAUUUAUAUAUAUGUUAUAUAUAUUUAUAUAAAUAUAUCAAAUUACUAAGUAAUAACUAUAAAAGAAAAAUGUUCGAUAUAUAAGUGAAAAAUUAAUAUAAUCAUAUGAUGAUUCAAUGGAAUUCAUUAUUUCAACACACUGUCAGUUUUGGUAGUUAGAAAAUAAUUGAAAACAAGUUUCUAAGAGAAUAUCAAUGCGAAUGAUAUGUUCCAACAAUAUGGAAAAGAAAAUCUCAUCAAGAGGAACAGAACUGAUUUAAAUCAGGUAUUAAAAAGUGUAUUUAUGGAUUUUUCUAAUGAGUUUGUAUAACUUAAUAUUUAUUAUGAAAUCUUUUUAUAAAUCAAGUACAAAAUAGUACAAGAAAUAUAGUACAAAAUAUUUUUUCUUCGUAAUUGUAUAUAACAUUUUAUAAUUGAUGAUUUCUGUAAAGGUGUUAAAUUUUUUUUACAUAAAGUUUACUUUAAAAAUUUUUAUUACAUAUGUAACAAUAAUAUAUAUAUUUUAAUGAAAAUGAUAAAUGAUUAUUUAAACUAUAAUAUAUAUAUAGUUAUAUAUAUUUAUAUAUAGUUUAAAUAAUCGUUUAUCAUUUUAUAUUAAUAUAUUUAUCCAUUUUAAAACUUAUAGCAAAAACCGUUAUAUUAAUAAUAUAUUUUUAUGUAUAAUAGAGUAAAUAUAUUGAAAAAGUCGUCUAUUAA